GUUGCUCCUAUGCCUUGUUUAGCAGUCACCUACCUCAAAAAGCAAGGGUUUUUAGGAAAGGUAGAGUGGAUAGGCUGGGUGUGGGCAUCUAAAUGGAUGGAGCUGGUAAAGGAAGUCGGGGAGGGAGAACAUGCAGAAAGGAGCCGAAACCUGCAGAGUUCAGCUCAAACACGAGCUGAUACGCAGUCCCAGCACAUGCCAUGGUCCCAGAUUGUGGGCACAUUGCGAGCCUGGUAUGGCUUUACUCCAGUUUUUGUAAUUUGGUCAGUCUGCCAAGUGGAGGCACUGCUGCACCCUUCUGUACUGAUAGUGGAUGUGUGCUGGAGGCUACUCUUUGUGUGCCUUCUGUUGAUUUCUCUGGGAGGAUGCAUCCAUGCCCUGAAGUGCUGCCUGCAGCCAGGACAGAGCCAGGGAGAGCCUCCAGGGACUGAACAGGAGAUUGUGACUGAAAUCAGGAAUGACCAGUGUUCACGGAUGUACCAGGCAAGAAACCCAGGUGUGAAUAUUAAUCUGAUUCUUGCCCUGGCUGACAGCCUGCUGCUGUGUGUGCUGCAGGAACCUCUGCCAGACCCCGAUGUUCCCCACAUUCAGGCUCUUCUCUCCAGACUCGAGUCAGUGUCUCACACACUGGAGGCGACUGAUGUGGGAUCAGAGGUGGGACUGGAUGAGGUGGACCAAAGCUCUGUAGUGACAGAGAAACUGAAACUCCUCCACACCUACCUGCAGCAGAGGAGAGUGUCCCUGCGCGCUCUUGUCCAGGUGCAGGGGGACUUUGAGGCCAGUGUGAAGAACAUGCUGCAGGGCUUAGAUAACCUCUGGGCUCAGCUGGAGGAGCUGCAUACUGGGGUCACACUCUUCAAACAGGAGACCCAAGGCCACAUAGAUCUGGCCUCUGCUCAGAGAGACACACAGAAUUUGUUGUCGGUCUUGGGCGACUACAGGAACAAACUUCUGUCUUGUCAGGUUCAUCUGAAGGGCAGCACACAACUACUGCAGGAGUUAACCUGGGGUCACACUCACAUGAGCAACAGUGUGAACAGCAGCAGUGAGUCGGUUUGGCCAGAGCUCUUGCUUCAGUCUAAUAUUGAGCAGUUUGACAAGGUGCAGGAGAAUUUCACAUCUCUGGAACAACAGAUCUCUACCUUCCAGGCCCACCUGGAGGGACUCGGAAAAGAAAAUCAGGAAAAACAUGCCAGGUCCCUCACUCAUGCUGACGGGGCACAUUUAUACUCUGUACCUCCACAGACUUCUUAUCAUGCCCACAGUAAAUUGUCUGUGGAGCACCGUAACUCCACCUCUUCCUCCACGUCUGCUUCCUCGGUGGAUACAGGUACAGCCACAAAAACAGACAAUACUUUCUCACUGUGCCAGAGGUCGGCACGACAUUUCUCUUCCACAAUCGGACGACGUCUGCGCAUAUCUGGAAGGAAGAAGUGAUUUGUUAAAAAUGUAUUUAAACACAGAAGGUUUGCUAUUGAGCUAGGGAAGGAAUAUUCAAAUGUUGAUCAUUUGCUGGUUGCCUUAAAUUUUAUUAUUUAUUGCUCUUUGUCAUUGCAUUGCUUUGACUUGUAUGUGCACUUUAACUUAGCUUGCUUUAUCUUUUCUUCCUCUUGGAUUUAAGAGCAGGCAAGAACAGAUUUUCACUGUAAAGCACAUUUCAAACACUAGGGGGCACACUUUCAUCAGUUAUUUCGAGAAUAAACAGGUACGACGUGGAGAUGUACACUGAUCUCAGGUUGACUGAGCCCAGUGUGAACCAUGUGUGCUGUCAACAAGAUAAAAGUAUUGGACGCAUUCGUUCAAGCAUAAACUUAAGUCAGUCAAAAAUAGUUUUGAAAAUUUGAAUUUGGGCCAAUAUUUCAGGUGUGUUCUGUUAUUUUAAUGUCACCAGCUGUUCUCUAUGUGGUUGAAAUGUGAUUUUGAAAGUUGUAUUGAAGUCUUAUCCUGUACAGCUCUGUGAAUUUAAGAAGUAUGUUUUUUAUUGAAGGAGCAGGUUUCAGGUUAAAAACAUAACCUAGGGGAGAGGAGGCCAACAUGGCAAGUAUUUUUAUUACUAAAAACUGAGCAACCCUCUAGACCAUUUUUAAAAGAAACAAAUGUCUUUGAUCCAAAUUCAGUCACCCUGCAGCACUACACCAAAGGUGAUGAAGAUGGCAUGGUUUUCUCAACCAGAUUCCUAACGUUUCAGGCUGGAGCGUGCAGGACUUCUGAUGAGAACCUGUUCAUCCAUGGCCGCAGUUAAGCGCCUGUUGCAUGGACUCUGUACAGCAUGUGUGACAUAGAUGUCAUUUUGACCAUGGACUUUCCUACCAUCUGCCAGAUCAUGCAUCUGUCUGAUUUUCUCACACUGUGAUUGGGAGUGGUGGGGCCGACCCCUGAGGGAUCUGGGAUGAAAGGAAUGUGAACUGAACACUGCAGGAUUUGAGCUGUCACAACACCAAAGACACAAACACAGUGUGUGUGUGAACUUUGUUGUAGAGAGAUGUAAAGCCUGUGGAAGGAGAGAUGCGUGUCUGGUUGUUUGGACUUAAAAGAGACAAGAGUUUGAAUUAAAAAAAUAAA